AUGUCCGCGCCGUCCUCGCCCGCGUCUUCGCGAGGAGGUUCGCCAGCUCCCAUGCUGACGCCUCGCUCUAAAAUCAAGGCCCUCCUCGCUACUGUUGGCAGCAGUGAUGACGAAGACGGCACAUCUACACCAUUGAAAACGACGGCUCGUACCUCGGUGAGGUCAGCCCUUGCACAGCUCGACGACGACGACAGCGAGUCCGAUGUCGAGAUCCGCCCCCGAGGUAGACUCGCGGCCCGUAUGCAGGCCAACAGCGCAUCACCCAACGAAAAGAAGCCACAAAACGCGCGUGAACGCGUAAAACAGAUGCUAGAACGCGAAGAGGGACAACAGCAACCUCAAGAGGAGCAGAAUGAUGACGAUGACGAUUUACCCGUAGCUCCUCGUCGUUUACAACGUCGCCAAGCUCGCGAUACCACACCAGAGCAAGAUUCGACGCAGCAAAAUAACACAAACCCUUCCAGCCCCGGUCUCUUCGUCUCGUCACCGGCCGGCCCCUCUCCCACCCGCAGCGUACAGCAAAAUGACUCGAACUCAGACAGCGAUGCUUUACCUGACAUCAAGUCGAACCGUUUCAAGGCUCUCGUCGAGAGGAAGCGCCAGGAGCGCCUGGCCCGCGAGGCCAAGGAAGAAGCUGAGCGAGCCGAGCGCCGAGCGCGACAGGAGAAGCUGUCUUCUGAGCUCGACGGCCUCGACUCCAACGAUGAUGACGUCUCCAACAUUGAUGACGACGAGGGCGGCCAGACUCUGACGCAAAAGUCAGCCCGGCCGUCCCGCAAGGCUAGCAAAAAGGCCGUUGAGGAAAUGAACCGCGAGACGCAGCGCAUGGCCCGAAGCAUGCAGUUGGCCCAUGAGGCCAAGACGCGAAAGAAGAUUACAAAGAGCAGCCUCUUCGAGAGGUUCAACUUCAGACCGAAUGGCCAGCCUGCUGAGCCUGUAGCCGAGCCUGCCGCCGAGCCUGCCAGCUCCAGCCGUCCUACUACCCCUCAAUCCGAUGUCGAGAUGGCAGACGCGGAAACGCCACCAAGCUCCCCCCCAUCAGCCAAGAAAGCCCCUGAGGCCCCCAUCACCAUGAACGCUGGGAUUGAUAUCGACGAGGACCUGCCCACUUUGGACGAAAUCUCUGGCUCCGCUCGUGCUCAGCCCAUCGAAAAAAGCAAGAGCACAGCCGUUGAGGUCGCUGAAGAGAAGCCAGCUGAGACCGAAACGGCCAAAACCCGUGUUCGUGUCCGCCUUCCUAACCUCAUAAAGUCACUCGCUACUGGCUCUGAUGACGAGCUUGAAAUCACCGCCACAGUCCAGGACAAGGUCAAGGCUGUUUUUGACAACGUGCCUGUAAAGGCCGCCCAAGAGUCGCACUCCUUACAGGUUCUUCGCGCCCUUGCUCUCGUGCAAUCCCCAGACAGAAACCAGGGCCGUCGCAAGAAGAAUCAGACGGGGAUGACCAACAACCAACUUCAAGCUUCCCUUCAGCAAAGAGCCAGACAACAGGCCAAGCUGGAGCGCGCCCGUCGACUCGAGCUUCUCAAGUCUCAGGGCAUUGUUGUCCAGACGAUGGAGGAGCGUGAGAAGCAAAUGGAAGAGGUGGAGGAUAUCGUCACCAAGGCUCGUAACGAAGUCCAACGUCUCAUGGAGCACGAGCGCGAGGCCGCCAAAAAGGAGCAGAGGGAAACCACCACCGCUGAUCCACUUGCCUGGGACGACAGUGAUGAUGAGUACCAGGCUUCUGAAAAGGAGAUGGAAGUCGAAGCUAUUGAGCUCUCUGGAUCUGAAGAAGACGAGGGCGAUGAUGCUGAUGACGAGAGUGACGCGGCCAAUCCCCUUUUCGAUGACGAAGCUGAGGACGAAGAUGUCCAGGACGAAACCAAGGCCAAUGAGGACGAGGAGAUGGAAGAGGCUGCGGUGCUGGCGCGUCGUAGGCGACCCAGAAACGUCACAGUCGUCAUUUCGGACGACGAAGGCGAGGUGGAAAUCAAGUCUACUCCCAAGCCAGUCAGGUCGACUAACCAGAUUUCUCCCGCUGCGGCAAAUGGCGACUCCCCUGCUGCACCUGGCUCCGUUUUGCGAUCUGCAAAGAAGACGUUUAUUCCCGGUCUGCCAGUCAAGGGACCCGCUGGUCUUGGGCUAACCCAGAUCUUUGCCGGCACUAUGGACGAUAGCCAGAUCGGCACCGCCAAUGCUCCUACCCAGUCAAUGAUGCCGGACUUUGACCAGUUCCCCGACUCCAACUUUUCAGCAACCAUGGGUCCGCCCGAGGAUCACAUUGUCAUGGAUUCGCAGCGUCCCGAGACGCAGGGUGCCACGCAAGGUAUCCGCCUCAAUAUGUCGCAGUCACAGAUGCACGGCCUAGAUAGUCUUAUGCGGGACUACCCGGGCGAGUCGCAGACCAUCGAGCUUUCCCAGGAUGGUGGCUUCCAAGCGUAUACGCCUCUUAGGGAGCGCUUUGUGGAGCCUCCGUUCUCUACUGUGGCUACGGAUGUUGCCGGUACCAUGGAAGACGGCCCCCAAGCGUCGCCUCUUUUGCGACGAGGAAAGCUCCGUCGCAAGGCUGAUGUUGAAAAAACUGUCGAGCCUACUCAACCUAUAGCUACUGAAGUCUCUGCCACUGCGGAGGAUGCGUUUGCCAAGCUAAAGGCACAAGCUAAACAGAAGGAAAAAAGACGUCUCACGGAUGCUUUCAACACCAAGACGAGCAAGGCGAAGGAAAUGGUGGAGCAGGAAGCUAUGGAGUCCGAUGACGAGUACGCUGGCCUUGGUGGCGUUGACGGCGAGGACAGUGACAACGAAUCCAACGCCUCUGUGAAGGAAAUGAUUGACGACGCCACUGCCAACAAUGCCGACGACAGCAAGCUGGCUGCUUUCUAUGCUGACCGGGCUCGUGCGGAGGAUGAGCAACAAGUUGAGAAGCUAUUCAAAGACAUUACCACGGGUAAUCUGCGCCGCAAACGUGGCGCCGACUACGACCUUUCCGACUCUGAUGACGACGGUGAGGCGCGCCGACGCAUGAAGCGUCGCCAGUUUGCCAAGAUGCAAAAGGCUCUCUUUUCAGAUGAGCGCGUCAAGAAGAUGGCCGAGAACCCCGGCAACCAAGCAUUCCUGCGAACCAUUGAGGACCGCGGCAGCGACGAUGAGAUGGACAUUCUGGAGAUUGUUGAGUCGCCUUCUCAGCGCGACUCCUCGCAAUCUCCUGCUCCUGAAACACAGGAGGGUGCUCAGCAGACGAUCCCCGAUAGCCAGCCCCAGCAGCCGGCCCGUCAGGCACUCGCCACCGCACCUGCUGGCGGCGACAACAACAGGCCGCCGGCCCGCAUGCGCAGGACCAAAGACGCCAAGAAACCUUCCAACAUUGGCGAAGUCCGCGAGACUCUGUCUAACUUGCUCGAAGAGCCCGACGCUUCGUUGAUACCAGCAACCGAGGCCGGUUCCGACAGCGAAGAUGAAGACGGCGCGUCGCGCAGUAACAAGGAGAAUCGCUCUCCACGCCGCACAGCUGCCGGCGUCGUCGACCGUAUCAGCCUCAAGAGGGGCAACUCCAAUGUAUCCAGCAGCAGCAGCCGUCUUGCGUUUGCCUCGGCAGCAUCAGCGUCUGGGGCUGCGUUCAAGGUGCCGCCGCUGCUUCGCCGCGCGACGACCAACUCGUCCAUCAUUUCGACGGCGGGGAGCACCACGUCGAGCGGCUCUGCGGCUGGCGGCUUCGGCGAGGAGGCCAAGAUCAAAAAGGCAGCCGGCAAGCGCAGCGGCGUGGUGAGCCGCGCGGUGCCGGGCAACGAGGGCCACGCGCGCAUCCAGGAGAGUGAGCGUCGCCGCGAGGAGAAGAAGAUGAAGGGUGCGGAGAAGAGGCUAGGUGUUGUAGGAGGACUAUUGGGCCGCGGCUCAUUUGCAUAA